AUGUCAUCAGAGGAAUCGGUGACCAUCGAAGGUUUAACGCCGCUGACUGAAUACAGUUUUCAGGUUGCUGCCAAUACCAAUGCAGGAGCUGGACCGUACACUCAGGUGGAAACAACCUUAGAGGCACAACAGAGUGACUUAUCAUCUGUCGCUGGAGGAAUAGCAGCUGCCGUAAUUAUCCUAAUUCUGUUGAUAAUCGUCGCCAUUGUUGUCUAUAAAAGACGAACUCGUCAGACGAAGCCGCCACGGGAUAAUGGAGAAGUUUCUCUUCAGGGAAGAGACGUACAUUUUGUUCCUGAUCAAAAACCGGAAUCCACUUCAAAAGCAUGUGUAAACGACAGUCUUGUGGAGAUAUGCCCUGAGCCACCACCCACUCCAAAGCCCAAGCCUGACCUUAAACCCCGCCAGGUCUCAACCAACUCAUCAAAAGAGACCCUGGAGCAGCCUGUAGUGGACGAAGAUGAGGAAGAAUUGCCCUACGCUGAGUUGCCCUCGGUACGAGAAGAGAACCUGGCAGAGUACAUCCGAAGCAAAGACAAGGCGGGCAAGAAAGGGUUCCCCACGGACUUCCAAACUUUGCCUAGAGGUUUGCUUCAUCCGGCUACCGUGGCAGAGAAACCCGAGAACAAGACCAAAAAUCGCUACGCUAACGUCCUUGCCUAUGACCAUUCACGUGUAGUGUUGGAGCCGUUGGAGAAUGACCCUCACUCGGAUUAUAUCAAUGCUUGCUUCGUGGAUGGGUACACAAAGGCAGACAAGUUUAUUGCCAGUCAAGGACCAAACAAAGGCUCACUGGCGGACAUAUGGAGAAUGGUGUGGCAGUAUGACGUGGAUAAGAUUAUAAUGCUUACCAAUCCAGUAGAGAAUGGAAAGUUGUAA